AUGCCUGCGGGCUCUAAUCACCGGAAACAAUAUCUGACUAUUGACGAAGAGUUCCAUGGCAUGACGGCGCUUUAUACGCCACCUCUGCAAGAUCAUAAGAUAGAUAUAAUUGCACUAUCCGGCCUUGGGGGACAUGCUUUUGGGUCUUUUAAAGAAAGGGGAGGAAGCCACAUGUGGCUACGCGACUCUCUGCCUUUUGAUCUUACAUUAGACUCCAGCGAUCAACCGAUCGCUCGGGUCAUGAUUUAUGGUUAUGACUCAGUCGUUGCCGAGAGCAAGAGUACACAGAAUAUUGAAGAUCUUGCUACUGGCUUCAUUGGUAGUCUGCAAAGGCUAGCAAAUGCUUCCAUCAUUCGACCUAUAAUCCUGCUUGGCCAUAGCCUCGGAGGUUUAAUCAUCAAACAGGCUUUGAUAUCGUUAUCUAGAUCAGAAAAUGAAGACGAUCAAAGCCUUAUCCGCGCCAUCUAUGGGGUUGUCUUCUUCGGAACCCCGCAUGAUGGCAUGAACAUCGCGUCCCUCGUACUCAUGGCUGGAGAUUCCAGUCCAAAUCGUUUCCUAAUCGAGUCUCUGAACCGAGAUAACUCGCAAGUACUUACCAUACAGCAGCGAGAUUUCCACAAGGCGUUAGGGGAGAAGGGCAGUGCAGAGGUCUUUUGCUUUUAUGAAACGCUUGAGUCACCAACGGCGCAACGAGAUAAAUCUGGCAACUGGAAAAUGACUGGGCCUGCUACAGUUCUUGUCACAAAGUCUUCAGCUACACAUUGCCGUCCUUGGGAAGACGGGCCAGAGCAUAUCUGUGCUAUCAAUCGUACGCAUUCUGAAAUGGUCAAAUUUGGUCCUCACGACGCCAAUUAUCAAAAUGUACGAGAAAGGCUCAGUGGUUUAUGCAGACGCGCUUUUGCAUCACGGCGUCGUUUGCAGACUUCUCGAUCAAUAUUUCUUGUUCCAUAUAGCCAAAAUCCAAACUUCGUUGCACGGGUAGGACCCUUGAGCGAUAUUAAGAAGCAAUUUGGCUUAGACCAACGGGGAGAUUACACUCAGUCACGCAGACGAGUAUCACUUUUUGGUCUUGGCGGUGCUGGUAAAACACAAAUUGCAAUCGCUUAUGCGUAUUGGCUCCAAACGACAUCUCCAGAUAUCUCCGUGUUCUGGGUCCAUGCCAGCAAUAUCGAUCGCUUCCGCCAAUCUUAUGCUUCAAUCGCUGAAAAAUGCAACAUACCUGGGCAAGACGACCCAAAGGCCGACAUGCUGCUGCUCGUCAGUAACUGGCUAGAACAGCAGACCAUGAUGCGAUGGCUUAUGGUAAUCGACAACGCCGACGACAUGGACAUGUUCUUCUCAAAUCAGCUACAACAGGACAAUCCAGGCGAGGGUAGUCAAGCAGCAGCAGCUCCGGCAAGUGGCAACCUGGCCCGUUAUAUACCAGACUGCAACCACGGAUCUGUUCUCAUCACGACCAGAGACAAAAAAGCAGGCGUCAGGCUAAGUCAGGGGCUGUCUCCUAUUAAGAUUGAUAAGAUGACUGAUGAUGAAGCGUAUCAACUUUUGCAACUCAUAAUCAGUACUCAACAAAUUUCUGUGGAUGAGACAGUCCGUCUGUUCUCUAAACUUGCGCAUCUACCGCUUGCCCUUGCGCAAGCUGCUUCAUUUAUCCAGGAAAACGAAAUCUCGAUCGAUGACUAUGUUCAACUCCUAGACGAGAGUGAUUCUGCGUUUAUUGACCAACUGAGCAAUUCCAAGGGUCUUUGUGGAGGAUUAUUACCAGCAGAGAUGCCAAGAGCAGACCAAGAGCGAUACAUUAUCAACAGCAGUACUUAUAAAGGCGCUGGGUACACUUAA